AGAAUUAAAGUCGCAUUGUCACUUGGAUGGCAAGGUUAGCAAGCUAAUAGCUAAUUAAAUCACACCAUUUUCCACGUGACUUAAAUAUCCAGUUCCUCAUCUCGAGAGAUCGUUUUAUUUCACUGAAUCCUACAUAUUUACUAACUAUAAGGCAUUUGAUUCAAUCCCGUGUGAGCAAGAUAACACAUUAGAGCCAUUUUUAAACCUGCACUCGAAUUCAACAGCGUCUAUGCAUUCACGUAAAUCUUAAAAAACAACCUUCAGGCUUUUAAAAUUCCCUCUCGGGGGUAUUUGUCGGAUUAAAUGAGCAUGUGACUGCAGCCGUCACAAAGCCAGCCCACUAGCUCACAUGCUUCUAUCUUGAAGGCAUUAACCGUGUCAUCUCUCUGUGUACUCAUUUUUCCCUCACCAUCAAAUUCCACAUCCGUUUCCUUUGGAAUAUUAGUCAAAUCAUGCUGAUUGGAAGUCAAUUUUGCGCGUUGGAUUAUCUCAGUCCAAGCAACACUUAAACCUAAAGAUGGAUGAAGCUUUUUUGACAGUCAUCAAUGAACUGGAUACCGAGGUGGCAGUGUCCUGGGUGUCACAGCGAUGCUAUCAGUGUCUUUAUCAACAGCUAGGGGUGGUCCCUGCUGUGACAAGCCCAGGUCAGCCGAGCUCGGAAGAGUUCAUUGUUAGCACACAACAUGAAAUUACACUCCAAGUCAACACCACCCCUGUCAGCCUCGACCUCUGCUCCGUUCCGUUCCACUUUGGGGAGCAGGGCAACUAUUCUCUAUGGCUGAAAAAUAUAAAUAACUCGGCGGUCAACUGCUCAAUUGUGACUGAUGCAGACCCAGUAAAUAGUUACAUACCCCUUUUGGUGGCAUUCCUUGUCUUUGCUGGGCUGGGAUUAUUGACUGCUUUGGGAAGAGCGAUUUUAGCACUUGAUUUAGUAAGAAGUGUCCUCUUCAGAAUUGGGGGUACCAUGGAGACAGAGAGGCUGAUCAACUCUGAGCUGGGCUCCCCUGGCAGGAUGGUGAUGCCAGUGACUGACAACAUCCUUCCACCCCCACCCAAUCCCAGCAAGAGGCUGCGAUCUCUCGACACAUUCAGAGGAAUCUCCUUGAUUAUUAUGGUGUUUGUGAACUAUGGAGGAGGGCGAUAUUGGUUCUUCAGACAUGAGAGCUGGAACGGCCUAACUGUUGCAGAUCUGGUCUUCCCUUGGUUUGUUUUCAUAAUGGGAACAUCUAUCGCACUUUCAAUCAAUUCCAUGCUCCGCUCAGGCUCCAGCCGUACUUCACUGCUGAAGAAAGUAGUGUGGAGAAGCCUGCAGCUCUUCAUUAUUGGCGUCCUCAUCAUCAAUCCCAACUACUGCCAGGGAUUUUUGUCAUGGGACAACUUGCGGAUCCCAGGUGUGCUGCAGCGCCUUGCCUGGUCAUACUUUGUUGUAGCCUGCCUGGAUUUGUUGGUGGCAAGGGCUCAUCUUGACAUCCUACCAACGGAUGCAUGGUGGUACUCUUGCAUUGAAGUGUUGCUCUACUGGCCAGCCUGGAUCUUUGUGCUCCUCUUAGAAAUCCUUUGGCUCUGCCUCACUUUUCUGCUUCCUGUACCGGGCUGCCCAACUGGCUAUCUUGGUCCAGGUGGGAUCGGGGACAUGGGCAUGUAUGUAAAUUGUACUGGUGGAGCAGCUGGUCUUGUUGACCGCUGGCUGCUCGGAGAAAACCACAUCUACCAGACGCCCUCUGCAAGGGUCAUUUAUGCCACUCACAUACCAUAUGAUCCUGAGGGUGUCCUUGGCAGCAUCAACUCCAUCGUCAUGGCUUUUUUGGGGUUACAGGCAGGAAAGAUCAUUUUACACUACAGAGAUCUUCAUUCAAGUAUUAUAUCAAGGUUCCUCAUUUGGGGUCUCUUUUUGGGCAUCAUAUCAGCUGUUCUCACGAAGUGUUCCACAGACCACGGAUUCAUACCUGUCAAUAAGAAUCUAUGGUCUCUGUCCUAUGUGACAACACUGGCCUGCUUUGCCUAUGUACUGCUUGUUGUGGUCUACUACACCAUAGAUGUGAAAAAGUGGUGGUCUGGAGCACCGUUCUUUUACCCAGGCAUGAACUCCAUCCUUGUGUAUGUGGGCCAUGAGGUGUUUGAGGACUACUUCCCCUUCCGCUGGCGCAUGGCCAACACUCAGUCCCAUGCUGAGCACCUCACCCAGAAUGUGGUGGCUGUUUCCUGUUGGGUUCUCAUCUCCUACGUGCUGUACAGGAAAAAGAUAUUCUGGAAAAUCUAAGAGGUGCUGUGAUUUUGGACUCAGCCUUGCUGGAUUAAUCUUCUAAAAUGCUCGGAAUUGGAACCUAGGGGACUCAACCGCAUCGGGGCUGUAUUUGAAAAUCUCUAUGACUGUUCUGUUUGCAUGAUCUUGUUUCUUAAUGUUUUGCUAUUUUGCUCACAUGCAUACUGUAUGAAGGACACUGAAUGAUUUUCGACAUGGCUUUCUAGCAGCUGACUUGUGCUAGAUAUCUUGUGACUCAGGAAGUACUAGGACCAAAAUAGAUUGAUGUAUUGGGAAUAUGAUGAUGGUCAGAGUUAAUCUUUGUUUUCCUCAACACUAAUAACUGAUUUUUAAUUCCUGAUUUUGCACAGCCUGCAAGUAUGAAAGUAGUCACGUGUAGCUGUCUAGCCCCUUUGUAGGCCACUUGGACCUUGGUAUCCCUCCAGUCGUCACCCAGCAGUAAACAUUCACCUUCACGUUUGAUAUUUCUAUUUCAUGUAAAACUGAAAUUGUUUGAAUGUAUAGUCAUGAACCAAGUGCUAUUUCAGACCUCUGCACUGCCAUAAAUUCUCUGCAAAACAGUGAAGUAAUUUUGGUAUUUUAGCUCACUGUUUUGUCUGUUGGGUUUUACAGCAGUAGGCAUGACUUGUUUUUUUCCCCUCAGGUAUCCAAAAAUAGUUACCACAAAAUAAAUUAACUUCUGUGCUGACACACUAUCAGUUAGUUUGUUUUUGGGUAGCCCAUUAACAAAAGUUCUCUGAAAGUGAUCCACUUCAUUUUACCUUGACUGAUCUUUUGCUAGAUGUAUUUGCCAGUGUCUUGUUCAGACUUCCUAAAUAUUGCUUGGUCAUGCAAAAAUCCCAUUGCUGUCAAUGAUAUUAUUUUGUAACCUAUACUUUUACUGUUCAUCUAUUGAAAGGAUAUUAAUAUUAAAAACACACACACACAAAGCAGAAUUUUGUUGAGGUUGACUUUAAAUGUGGGUUGUGUGUUUAAAAUUUACCUCUGAAAAAUGUAUAUACCGGUAAUAACUGUUCAUAUCUAUGAUGUUUACGAUAUAUUUGGCAUGUCUACGGUAAACUGCAUCUCGUUUAAAUGCAUUUGAUUUCUCAUGUACCUGCUGACUGAGUACACUUUUGCAUAAUGAAUGCAGGUCAGUUUUUGUGGAACAUGUCAGCAAUGUUGUCUUUAUAAAAAAA